CCGGCCGUCUCUCGGCGAGCACGCCACUCUUCUGUCGCCGCUGACCCGCCCGCGGCCGCCGAAGCCGCCCCGCGGGGACAUUCAUUCUUGCCGCCUGCCUCUCGCCGGGCUGGGCGUAGGGGCCGCGUUGUCGGGGUUUUGUCCCCCCUUUGCCUCUUUUUUCCUCUCCCCCCCCCUUCUUUUUCUUUUUUUUUUUUCUUUUUGUUCUUGCCUAUGUUCGGGAAACCAGACAAAAUGGACGUUCGAUGCCACUCGGACGCCGAGGCUGCCCGGGUCUCGAAGAACACUCACAAGGAGAGUCGCGAGAGCAAGGGCGCGGAGGGGACCCUCCCAGCCGCCUUCCUCAAGGAGCCCCAGGGCGCCUUCUCCGCGUCGGGCGCUGCGGAGGAUUGCAACAAAAGUAAAUCCAAUUCCGCCGCGGACCCAGAUUACUGCCGCCGGAUCCUGGUCCGAGAUGCCAAGGGGUCCAUCCGAGAGAUCAUCCUGCCCAAGGGCCUGGACCUGGACCGGCCCAAGAGGACUCGCACGUCCUUCACCGCGGAGCAGCUCUACCGGCUGGAGAUGGAGUUCCAGCGCUGCCAGUACGUGGUGGGCCGCGAGAGGACCGAGCUCGCCCGGCAGCUCAACCUCUCCGAGACCCAGGCAAAUAGUGAAGAAAAUAAUGAACGAGUCAAACGCGGGUAGGUGUCACUGAAUCCAGGCUACUAACUUUGUUCUGAAUGUUUUGGAUAUUUGGAUGUUUUGUAUUUAUGUGGUGAGAGUGAAAUAUAUAUAUCUAUGAUGAUAAA